AUGGGUUCAAGCGUGUCUAGGAUUGAUGAUAACAUGAUGUCUGUUCUUAGACAAAAUUACACCCAGAAGCAAUCCGCCUAUCGAUUGGUAAAACGAAGAAAACAGAAACUCUCAAAGAGCAUGAUCGGACAACCCAGUAAUUUCCAGCACACACAUCAUAUAGGAUCAGGGGACUACCAAACCAAUCAUAUAGGUGUUCAAGAACACAUUGCGGAGAUCACCGUUAUAUUCAAUGCCACCAACAAGUCGACGGGUAUCAGCAGGAAGCCAGUGAAAGAGAAGUUAGUAGAUCUCUGUUACGUAUCAAAUUCAAACAUCAGCACACCUAGAAGGGUCAAUCGUAGAGUUUUACUUAGACAGGAGCCUUUCAAGGCAGAUAUGUCACAGCAGCUAGUUGUAGAAUCAAACUACUUCUCCAAAUCGACCAGCUCAGCAAUAAUGUCUAGUCGGAGAGAUGUACCAGAACACAAGAGAUAUACAUCUUUGGAUAUGCAAAAGUCAUCAUUCAAUUCCCUUAAUGACCAUCAUAAACAGCAACUUGAAAUGCUGAAGGUGGAUUUAGAAAAGCUAUCGAGAAGCGAGCACAACUUGCGAAAAUAUGCCGCCUGCAACCAUACGUUGCAAAUUGCACCCAGUCGCGAAUCAUUUGUAUGCUAA